AACAUUCGGCGAUGUAAACAAUAUGGCAGCCGCUACCAGUGGUACUGGGACCAGGCCUGUACAGCGAAUUCAAGAUGGGGUUUUACAUGUGAACGAGGUUUUUUCAAGACUUUUUGAUCAUCGGCCAUUUUUGAGAGGAGAAAUUGAGUUUUUUAAGAAGGAAUUUGAGGAAAAACGUGGAGAUAGAGAAGUUGAAGAACUUUUUCGCUCAUUGGAACUCAUAACUGAAAUUAAAGAGGGCCAGAUUGAGAAGAUUGUAAACUCCUCUGAUGAUAAUCUUCCUCGCACAAUUGCAGAUGUCCAAGUAGCACUCCACAUGUGUGAAGACACCUUGGACACUGAAAAAAAAUUCAACUCCGUAAGUAAACUUUUAUCCAUCACAGUAAAAUUAAAUUAGUUUUCUGUGGAGAGC